GCUCGGCUGUGCUGUGCUGCGCCGCGCUGCGCUGUGCUGUGCUGUGCUGGAGCAGUGUCCCCCGGAGGUCGGCGGCGGCCGGGACGAUGGACGGCUCCUUCGUCCAGCACAGCGUGCGCAUCCUGCAGGAGCUCAACAAGCAGCGGGAGAAGGGCCAGUACUGCGACGCCACCCUGGACGUGGGGGGCCUGGUGUUCAAGGCCCACUGGAGCGUCCUCGCCUGCUGCAGCCACUUCUUCCAGAGCCUCUAUGGCGUGGGCACCUCCGGCAGCGUCAUCCUCCCGCCCAGCUUCGCCGAGAUCUUCGGCCUCCUGCUGGAUUUCUUCUACACCGGCCACCUGGCCCUCGACGCCGGCAACCGGGACAAGGUGCUCUUGGCCGCCGUGGAGCUCUGCGUGCCCGAGGCGGUGGCCCUGUGCCAGAGCUUCGAGCCCCAGGCCUUCGCCGGGCAGGAGCCGGGCCCCCCGGGCCCUCCGGAGAAGCCCCCCUUCGAGGACACCGACGGGACCCUCGAGCGGGGAGUGGAUUCCGACGGCGAAGACGACCCCGAGGCCCGCGCCCCCGAGCCCGGCGCCGGCCGGGCCACCCGGAGGGCCGAGCCCGGCCUCUCCGGACCGAGCGAGACCCCUGCCCUGCUCCGGAGGAGGCACAAGCCGGCCUUGAAAGCCACCGUCCUUGACGAGCAGGGACCCCGAGACUGUAAAGAGCCCAAAAGACCCUUUGAGGCAGGAGGUGGAGGUGUCCAGCUGCAGGGUGGCAGCAAUGAGUGGGAAGUUGUGGUUCAAGUCGAGGAUGACGGUGAUGGAGAUUACAUUUCCGACACAGAGACUGUGAGGACCAAAAGGAAGUCAAAUUUAGGCCAAAAGCCUGGCCCCGAGGAGCCGGUUCCGAGUGCCGGGACCCUGGCGGCUGAGCCCCCCGGGAACAGAAAAGGUACAGCUGUGCCGGUUGAAUGCCCCACAUGUCAUAAAAAGUUCCUCAGCAAAUAUUAUCUAAAAGUCCACAACAGGAAACACACUGGGGAGAAGCCCUUUGAGUGUCCCAAGUGUGGGAAAUGUUACUUUCGGAAGGAGAACCUCCUGGAGCAUGAAAACCGGAACUGCAUGAAUCGGUCGGAGCAGGUCUUCACUUGCUCCAUGUGCCAGGAGACAUUCCGGCGGAGGAUGGAGUUACGGAUACACAUGGUGUCCCACACAGGGGAAAUGCCCUACAAGUGUUCCUCCUGCUCGCAGCAGUUCAUGCAGAAGAAAGACUUGCAGAGCCACCUGAUAAAGCUCCACGGGGCUCCCAAGCCCCACGCGUGCCCCACCUGUGCCAAGUGCUUCCUGUCACGGACGGAGCUGCGCCUACACGAGGCCUUCAAGCACCGCGGGGAGAAGCUGUUCGUGUGUGAGGAGUGCGGGCACCGGGCUUCCAGCCGCAAUGGCCUGCAGAUGCACAUCAAAGCUAAACACAGGAACGAGCGGCCCUACGUGUGCGAGUUCUGCCAUCAUGCCUUCACCCAGAAGGCCAACCUGAACAUGCACCUGCGCACACACACCGGCGAGAAGCCCUUCCAGUGCCACCUUUGUGGCAAGACCUUCCGGACUCAAGCGAGCCUGGACAAGCACAACCGCACCCACACGGGCGAGCGGCCCUUCAGCUGUGAGUUCUGCGAGCAGCGCUUCACGGAGCGGGGCCCCCUGCUGAGGCACGUCGCUAGCCGCCACCAGGAGGGCCGGCCCCACUACUGCCAGAUCUGCAGCAAAACCUUCAAGGCUGUGGAGCAGCUGCGUGUGCACGUGCGCAGACACAAGGGUGUGAGGAAGUUUGAAUGCACCGAAUGCGGCUACAAGUUCACCCGCCAGGCCCACCUGCGGCGGCACAUGGAGAUCCACGAUCGUGUGGAGAACUACAACCCACGCCAGCGUAAGCUGCGGAACCUGGUCAUCGAGGACGAGAAGAUGGUCGUGGUGGCGCUGCAGCCGCCCCCCGAGCUGGAGAUGGGGUCGGCCGAGGUCAUCGUGGAGUCCCUGAGCCAGGGCGGCCUGGCCCCCGAGAUUCCUAGCCAGAGACUGUGCGCCGAGGGUGGUUUCCAUAGCUCGGACGUCAUGGACCAGUCGCUCGUCCUCACGGCCACUAUUCCCCAAGACUGUGACACCUAGCGCUGACCCCUGGGCCCCCUCCCACCCCGGCUGCCAAUAAAAGGUGGCGCUUUGGACUCAA